AUGAAUACCCACCCCUUCAUUGAUAUUUUUUUUAAAGGAAAAAUCUGGAACUUGUAUUUUUUCAGUUUAAUAAUAGUAAGUAAAAAAGAUUGAAGUAGAAUCCUCGAAGGAAAACUAAUUAAUUCGUGUUUAUUUAGAUGGAUGAUUUGGAGUGCAGAGCCAUUGAGCAAUUAUUGUUUACAACUUCCCAUCCAUCUAAUUCAUUGAAUUUUUGCGUAAUCGUAUUCCAUCCUCAGUUUGCUGUGACGUUUAGACACCCGCCUCAUCACAAUUUCGUGAAAAACGAAAUUGUAAAAGUCUGGAACGUUUUGAAUCGUAUGGAAUAUGAGGUUUUUUUCAUUUUUCGAAACUGAAUUCAAUAUUUCAUUUUUCAGACAACUGUGUUUGAAAUUUCUACAGAAUGCGAUUUUAUUGUGCUAAAAAUUAUUAGUGGAACUUUCCCUCACUCACCCAGAUUAAAUGGCAGUUUGUACAGAGGACAAGUAUACUUUCAAGUCGGUGUUAAUGGAGUUCGCGAGCCGUUUUGGAAGACCGGUGUUAUUAGCGAAAAAACAAGUAAGUUCGUCUGAGAUCAAAAUAAAAUGGAGAAACGAAAAUGAAAAGCACAAGAAUAUCUUAUGAUUAAUGAUAUCGCUCCGGAAAAAUACGGCACCUUUUUUUUCAAAAAUUCUGAAUUUGACUUAGGAAAACAUCUGAAGAAAAAAUGAAUUUCGCGACAUUUUUUGUCGCGAAAUUGCAAUUCGUGAAACGACACGAAAUAAACACAAAAAUAAAGGAGAAAUAUUAAAGGGACACGUAAUCGCUGCGAGACCCAAUUCACACCAAAAAAGAAUUUCCUCUUUUAUUUUAUUAAUUUCGUGUCGUUUCGCGAAUUGCAAUUUCGCGACAAAAAAUGUCGCGAAAUUCAUUUUUUCUUCAGAUGAAUUGAUCCAUAGUGGAAAUUGAUUAUUAGGAUCCAAAAAGAUGGUUCGCAAUUAUUAAUCAUAAACACCAUUUCAAAGAAAGGUGUCAGAUCGCCAAAUCCAAAAAUUUUCAGAAAAAGUAUUAUUUAAUUUCUGUAGCGAAAACUAUUCACUUCGAACCAGAAAGCUAUUUUUAUGAUUUUCUGAAAUUCAAAUUCGAUUUUUGAACUCCCGUUUCAAACCCGUUUUUGAUCUGUCGCCACAAUCCGUUUUCAACCCGUUCAGUACCAACAAGUUGAAAAUUUUCCGAAAAAAAUUGAAAAAUUUUUUUUUCAUUCAAAAACUUUUCAGAAAAAUGCAAAAGUUUUUGAACAUUCUUUAGUGGUGCUAGAAAGAAGCAGAGAAGUUAUAAUAACUUAUAAUUGUACUUCCGUACAAGACCCGUUUCAGAUUAACGGGUACAAAACAAGUCGAUUACUGGAGACAACUUCCGUUACGGGCCCGUUAUGACUAUAGUUAGCGAAAUCCCUGUGCACUGAAAAUGUAGCGAGCAUUUCAUAGUGGAUAAGAGGAUGGGUUGAUAAUGUUUUGACCCAAGUUCGAUGCCAUUUUCCCGCGUCUUUUUUUAAAAUUUGCUUCGUCAUACAAAACAAUACUGGCGCACUAUUUUAGCGCCGAGGCGGGAGCAUUUCCCGCCUCGGUGCCCGAGGGUGUCGUCUAUCAAUUUUUCCAGUGAGUUUUGCUGUUGGAACGAGUUUGGGUUCGCCUGGUGACAGUGGAAGCGGUGUAUUCGAUCAAAAUGGAAAUUUCAUCGGAAUAUCAACUGCGAAACAAACAUUCAUUUUUGCCAAUGGGAACUUCGCACUUUGUGAACUCGCAGAUUUUCAACCAUACACAAAAAUAACUGAUGCAAUUGUGAUUAUCCACGCUGCAAAAUUGACGGCUAUUAAUGUGAGUUGAAAUAUUCAUCUGCACAGUUUUUUUUUUUGAAAGACUCACUUGUUUUUCUAAAAACUUAUGAUUUUUCACAACUGAAAGUUAGAAUUGGCUUUAAAUUUUCGCGUCAAUUUUUGAUCUUCAUCAAUCAAAAUUUCUGGUGCCGAUACUUAACUAAAUUGUUCAUUUUCAGGUUGUCCCAGUUAAGAAAGCGAGAACCGAGUGAUUGAAAAACAAUCUGAACCUGUAAAAUGAAUGUGUCUUCUUUGAAAUUGUAAAAUUAUUAUUGAAAAUAUAUUAGUAUAUAGUAGAUUAAAUAUUAUUAAAAUAAUAUAUAUCAAAAUUAAAGACACAAGAAACACUGGAAAAAGCGGUAAUCUCUGAAAUCUGAAAAAAUGGCCCCUGAAUGGGGCCAUUUUUCAGAAAAUAGGGCCAGCAAGAAAAAAGUAAGAAUUUCUCACUUUUUCCUCAAUGGGGCACGUCUUUCUUUAUUUUAUACAUUAUGUGGCGUCAUAGUGAUCGUGAGUUGAAAUUUCAUGAAAUUAUUUCGAAUUUUUCAUAGCGUAUGGGAGUUCUAAUUUAUGUUUAUCACGUAUGCCAACUUUGGGUUGUGAAGGCAUGAGACCCUUCUUAUAUGAAAAAAAAAUCAAACGUUUUCUCAAACUAUUGGCUCAUGAUAUAAGAAGCUUUGAAUUUCAUAAUUUUUUUUCUUGGUUCAAAUUUUGAAAUUUACUCCCAAAAAACGUACAUUUUUGGCAUAUUUUUUUCACGCCAACUAAACAUUUCUUGGAAACCAAGACAAAAAAAGAGCAUUUCUUUUCUGUCGAUUACUCGGAAAUGAAAUAAAUGAUGAAAAAUAUUUCACGUGAAUAAAACAAAUUAGGGCAAAACGAUUAAUAAAAACAAUCAUUCCCAGAAGAGCUUUCCAUGAGAAAUGGGAAGAGAAUAAGCUCUGUUCUCCUGGAAUUUCGCCCAUUUUUUCGAAAAAUGUACAUUUUUUGGGGGUGCUCCCAAAACUCGUACAUUUCACGUGAAGAUUUUUUGCAAUUAAAAAUGUACAGUUUUUGAGGGUACCUUGAAAAAGUGUACAUUUUUAAUAAAGUGUUAAUUUUAAUUUUGCAAAAUUUGGUAUUAUUGAUGAAUUUUCACAAUGUACAGUUUUUUUUGAAGAUAUCGAAAAAAUAACCCUACAAAUAAAAAUAAUGAAAUCAGAAGCCUCUUAUAUGUUUAUGUUACGCAUUAAAUAAUUCGAACAUUUCUCCCCGGAAGCAUGUUUUGAAGAUUGCACUAAAAUCUGAAAAUAUUAUUUUAAUAAUUCUCACAGAAAUCAUAUAUGCACACACGUUUGAAAAAGAAGAAAGUUGUGCAAUUUUCAUCGCGCAGCCGACAAAAACGGUGCAACGUCUAGCGGUUUAAUUACCCCCACUUCAUCAAAAACAAAAAACAUAUUAUUGAAUUAAAAACACGUGAUAAAUAAAAAACUAGGUCAAGUGAUGUGGAACUAAAAACAGUAUAUACAGUCCUCCACAUAAUCUUAGCCUCACCCCCAAAAUUUUCGAAAAAUCGAAAAUUUGAUUUUUUCAGAAAAAGUUGGCAUAGUCAAAAUAUGUCAAAAGGUGAUACAUAAAUGUACCCUACUUCGAAUUUCAGAUAAAAAUGAGGCUGAAAUAAAAAGUUGAUUUUUUUGAAAAAUGGGUGUUUUUAAUUUCCACAUAAUCUUAGCCUCACCCUAGAAAAUUGCCGGAAUUUCAGGUUUUGUGCUUGAACUAAGUUUGUAAUGGGUCUGAAAAUGAUAGUUAAAUCAAUUUCAGACAGAAUUGAGAUGUAAUCAACCACUAUUGAUUGAUUAACAGUGACUGAGAACGCUGAUAGCGUGGAGACUUCCAUAAAAACAAGUUUUGAGGUAAAGUUGGUUCAAAAUUCGAUUAUUUCGAGCUUAAUUUUUAGAAAAUUGGUAGAAAACACUUUUUUCAACAUAAUCUGUCAAAUUCUGACCCGAAUUGCAAGAAAUUGUUAAUUUCAGCUGAUUUUUCGAAAAUUUAAAAAUUUUUUUGAACCAAAAUUUUUGAGUUUCAGCCAAAUUUCCGACAUUUUUCUGAGUUUUCCAGUUGGAUAUUCUUGUUCAGGCAAGAUACCGAUCUCUUACAUCUGAAAUAAGCUUAUUCUUCAAUAGGGCGCUCUGAAAUUGUGCGAUAUCGGUCAUAUCUGAUCCUUUUAUGGAAGUCUCCACGCUAUCAGCGUUCUCAGUCACUGUUAAUCAAUCAAUAGUGGUUGAUUACAUCUCAAUUCUGUCUGAAAUUGAUUUAACUAUCAUUUUCAGACCCAUUACAAACUUAGUUCAAGCACAAAACCUGAAAUUCCGGCAAUUUUCUAGGGUGAGGCUAAGAUUAUGUGGAAACUAAAAACACCCAUUUUUCAAAAAAAUCAACUUUUUAUUUCAGCCUCAUUUUUAUCUGAAAUUCGAAGUAGGGUACAUUUAUGUAUCACCUUUUGACAUAUUUUGACUAUGCCAACUUUUUUCUGAAAAAAUCAAAUUUUCGAUUUUUCGAAAAUUUUGGGGGUGAGGCUAAGAUUAUGUGGAGGACUGUAUAUCUCAGGUAGCAGCUUGCCCAUGGACUGCCCUUAGGAAAGCGGUUGCCCCAUAAUUGCACCUUGGGCAAGCCCUAAGGGCAAAUUUUUUAAUGGGAAAAAUAAAUUUAUAGCUAUUUUUCAUAACGUGACCUAGUUUUGAUACGUGUCCUGUUUCGAAAUCGGAAUUUCUUCUCAUUUUUGAUAUUCUGUUAGCCAAGAAAAUAGCGAAUAAAUCAAACUAUUUCGAUGACGCUCAAAUAUCGACUUAUUAUAGAAGCAGUAACUUUAUGCAAAACACUGUGAGAAAGUUAUCAAUUCAAAUAUAGUGAAGCGGAUUCUGGGAUUGUCACUGUGAUUUUUGGGUGGAUUUUUAUGAAUUAGAUGUUCCAAACCAUGUAUAAAAUUCUCAAAAAAGUUGUUUUGGAUCAACUGCUCCAACCAUUGCAGCUUUGAAUUAUAAAAUUUCGGAAAAUAAAUUAUCAACUUAUGUGAAAAUUUGAUUCUAUAAUGAGAAGCAAAGUAUGAUCAAGCUGAAGUGCAUCUAUCUCUCCAUGUUAUUUCGUUUAAUAAAAUUUUUACUUCUAGAAAACUUUUUUACCUCUAGAAAACUAUCAUGAUUUAGCCUUCAACUAAAUACAUGAUAAUGUUUUCAUGUGUUUAGUUAGGUGAAGGCAGCUUCUUUUUGAUGAAAGCUGCCUCUCUAAACUGCCCUAUUUUGGGCCUAGGCUUCAUUUUUCCAACCUGAGAACAAGAAAAAUUAGUGAAAAUGCUUUUUUACGUAGCUUGAAUUAAUUUGAAUUUAAAACGUGAUGUUCUUGUUUAAUUCAAAUGCCCAACGAUUGCCCCUUGAAUGCUCCAAUGCAGCCCUUAGAACCUGCUCUAAGGGCAGAGUAAGGGGCAGUCCAUAGGCAAGCUGCUACCUGAGUAUACUGUUUUUAAAUCCACGUCACUUGACCUACUCAGGGAAUCACGAGCGAGAUCUACGCGAUUCGCGGGCUUCCAGCGUUUUGCGGAAACUUCGCGGUGGACAUUUGCGAAUUGCGCAAAACUCGGUCGAAAAUAUUUUGUCGCGAGAUUUCCGCAAAACGCAGAAAAGUUUGCGUUUCGCGUGGAUUUCGCGGGCUGUCACGACAAGAGUGCAGAGAUAUGAAACACGUUUCAGCGAUAUGAGUCAUGCGCGUGGAUGGUCAAGUGGGUAAGAGGAAUGUGUGCGAGGCGGAGAGUGACGGAUCGACGCCGGCCGAGUGAGUAUGAUUAAAAGCGCUCGGGAAAAAUACGGCACCUUUUUAGCACCGAGGCGACAAAAAUUGUCGAGGAAUUUUGGCCGCCCCUGGUGCUAAAAAGGUGCCGAAAUUACGGCACCUUUUCAGCGCCGAGGCGACAUUUUCAUGAAAAAUCCAUUAUUUUACCAUACAAAUGACUCUUGUUUUCUUUUCAUCGAAAUUUUCCGCACAAAAAAUGUAGCAAGCGUGUCCGAGUGGAUAAGAGGAUGGGUUGUCAUUGUUUUGACCCAAGUUCGAUGCCCCUUUUCCGCACCUUUUUUUUAUUUUUUUCGUCUCACUGGCGCACCAUUUUAGCGCCGGUGCGUUCUCUCUGCGCACCUUUUUAGCGCCGAGGCGAGAGCACUUCCCGCCUCGGCGCCCCAGAAUGUCGCCUUAGCGCCCCAGGAUGUCGCCUUGGCGCCGUAUUUUUCCCGAGCGAUUAGUUGUGUCUCGCGUCGCCUCUACUUUUUGAUUUUUGAGAGAGCACCGCGAGAUUUCCGCGAUUCGCAGACAGAAAACCGCGAAAUCGCGGCGUGUUCGCGGCGAUUUCGCGGAUUUCUGGGUCCCGCGAAUCGCGUAGAUCUCGCCCGUGAUUCCCUGAGUAUAGUUUUUCUAUUUCUCACGUAUUUUUAAUUCAAUAAUAGCGAAAGUCAGCGUAUCGAGAUCUGUGCGAAUGACUUUAUUUGGACUUUUUAGGGGUCCUGGGAAGAAAGUUAGCCUCCGCUGCGAGACCAAUUGAAAUUAAAAAUUCACGCGCGUUUGAAACCGUACCUCUUUUUUUCACAAGAAAAAAAUAGAGAGCGUGGCAAACGAGGAGAGUGCGAGAGAUGUGUGAGAACAAAAUGUGUGCAAACACCGUUGUCGCCGCUUACCAUGACUCUUCAUUGCAUGGGAAAACGUGGCUGAGCGAUUUCAAAAACAAUUAUUUUAUUUUUUCCCUUCUGCUAGACUCAAAAUGUUCUCUUGAUUUACAUGAAUUUCGAUUACUUGAAAAGUGUUAUGAAUGAAUAACAAACUCAUUUUCUGCUCAUUUCUAGCGGAUUUUGUGUCUUUAAAAGUUCACAUGUUUACUGAAAAAUGUCAGAAAACAAAGCAGUUCAUCUGUAAACUGAAAUAGAAUGUUUUGAAGAAAAACUAGGGUUUUUUAGAAAAAAUUUACAUGUGCUCUCAGAGAUUAAAUUCUAAAAAUCUCUUAUUUUUCGAAAAAAAGUGGAAAAAUCGUACAUGUAAUUUGCCGUUUUCGAUAAAAUAUAUGUUCGAAAUUUCCGCCAAAAUUUGAAUUUCAAAACUUCAUCUAAUUUUAUGCAGUGUUCACGAAGUGGGCGGCAAUUCCGAAGACUACAAUGUUAA